AUGAAGCGUAGCUCAUCCCACGUCCAGCCCAAGGGCGGGCCGCCCAACGACUCCGUCCUCUCCGUUGUCGUCAGCGAGAAGGCGGACCCCCACAUGUCACGCCCAAUGCUCAAGAAUGCCAUCCUCAUCGGCACCGCUACUCUUGCCCAGAUCAUCACCAUUGGGAACUCGACCGCGGUGUCUAUCGCGCUCCCCACUAUCGGCAAACAGCUCAACAUUGCCGAGGCCAGGCUUCAGUGGAUGGUCAAUGCGUUCGCACUCACCUCGGGCUGUCUGCUUCUCUUCCUCGGCCGUGCCGCCGACCUGUAUGGUCGUAAGCGCGCAUUCGUGCUCGGAUGUGCCUGGAUGGGCAUAUUCGGGCUCGGCUGUGGCUUCGCGAAAGAUGAGAUCACCAUCGACAUACUCCGAGCGCUUCAGGGAAUCGGUCCUGCGGCUGCGAUCCCUGCGGCCGUUGGUAUCCUCGCCCACACCUUCCCACCAUCCCAUCUCCGGUCCAUCGCCUUUGCCACCUUUUCCGCGGGCGCUCCUGUUGGGGGAGCCAUGGGGAACACUAUCGGCGGUAUUCUCACCGAGCUAACUGCCGAGACGUGGAGGUCGACGUUCUUUUUGCUUACCGGGCUCAGCUUCCUCUGCUGCGUCGGCGCCUGGUACUCCUUCGACGCUGAUGAGCCCUAUUACUCCGAGGACCGCCGUCUAGAUUGGAUCGGCGCCUUCCUAAUCACUGUCGGCCUCACUUUUAUUGUCUUCGUCCUGAGCGACGGGAACAUCAUCGCCCUCCUCAUUCUCGGAGUCGUCUUCGUCGGAGGCUUCAUUGCAUGGGAGCGCUUCCUUGAGAAGAUUCACGAAGAGCCAGGGGGGCCGCGCAACCGGUCAUGGACGCCGCCACCGCUGAUGCCGUUGUCAAUCUUCACACGGGGGAAGCUCGCUGCGCUGUUUACCAUUACGUUCCUCGGGUGGUGUAACUUCACGCUCUUUACGUUCUACCAGCAGCUAUACUACCAAGAAUACAAGGGGUUCUCACCCAUCCUGACGGUGGUCCAUCUAAUCCCAAUGUUCAUCGUCGGGGUGCUCUGCAAUGUCAUCAUCGCCUUCGUUGUCGGUCGGGUCCCGAUCGUGGUCCUCAUCGGGUUCGGCAUGACUCUCACUGCUUGCGCCUCCCUGCUCUUCGCGCUCAUCGACCCCAACGUGACGUACUGGGCGUUCGGCUUCCCGGCCGUGGCAAUUUGCGUGUUCGGCGCGGACUUCGUAUUCGCGAGCGGCGCGCUCCUCGUCGCCAAGUCCUGCCUCCCGCACGAGCAGUCCGUCGGCGGCGCGGUCUUCAACACCGUCGUCCAGCUCGCGACCUCGUUCGGGCUCGCGAUCUCCGCCGCGGUCUUCAACUCCACCCUCGCCACGAAGGAGGCCGAGCUCGGCGCGGACGCCGCCCCGGGCUCCCCCGCGCAGCUCGCGGCGUUCAAGAGCGCGUUCUGGGCCGGGGUGGCGUUUGGGUUCGCAGGCUCUGUGCUCGCUGUCGUGUUCCUCCGCGGCAUCGGGGCGGUGGGCCACGCGCAGGAGAAGAAGGCGGUCGACGCGGAGACGCAGAGCGGCCAGACGUACCACGAACACUCGUGA